GGACGCGUUGUGCCAUGGUCUGAGAUGCCCGGACUGAAACGCUGCCUUGUUUCUCCCCUGCGUGCGCAUGCGCGCGCCGCUCCCUCGCUGUCCCCGCGCAGCGCCUGCGCAGGCAGCGGCCAGAGCGCCGUCAUGGCGGAGAAGGGGCAGAAGAGCGUGAAGAUCGCGCCGGGGGCCGUGGUGUGCGUGGAGAGCGAGAUCCGCGGGGACGUGACCAUCGGGCCGCGGACGGUGAUCCACCCCAAGGCCAGGAUCAUCGCGGAAGCGGGGCCCAUCGUCAUCGGGGAAGGCAACCUCAUAGAAGAGCAGGCGCUUAUCAUAAAUGGAUAUCCAGAAAAUAUCACCCCGGAAACUGAAGAGGUGGAACCAAAACCAAUGGUCAUUGGCACCAAUAAUGUUUUUGAAGUUGGGUGCUAUUCACAGGCAAUGAAAGUGGGAGAUAACAAUGUAAUUGAAUCAAAAGCAUUUGUUGGUCGGAACGUGAUUCUGACAAGCGGCUGCAUCAUCGGGGCCUGCUGUAACAUUAACACCUAUGAGGUGAUCCCUGAGAACACCGUCAUCUAUGGGGCUGACUGCCUCCGUCGAGUGCAGACUGAGCGGCCACAGCCCCAAACACUGCAGCUGGAUUUCCUGAUGAAGAUUUUGCCAAAUUACCAUCAUCUGAAGAAGACCAUGAAGGCCACAUCCACUCCUGUUAAGAGCUGAGAAGCGCUCUGCUAUUGGUUGCUGAACUGGGAUUGUGUCUUGUCCUUUUAAGCACUACAUGGCCACUGGAAGCAGCUGGUCUCUGCAUCCUUCAUUUCAUUUCGGAAAAAUUGUCUUGCUUAUCCAUGUCCUUUAUUUAUAGUCUGCUAAGCAUCUGAAGACAGCUUUGGAUCUGUUGUCUCUUUGGCACUAACUUUAAUAUUAUACGUGCUUUGUUUUGAGAAUAAAAUAGCACUGGUUAUUUUUGCAAAGUGGAAUUGCAAUCCUUUCUGAUUAGAUUCUGGGUUAGGUAACACUUUGGAGUGUGCUGUAUACUGUUAAUAAAAGUAUUGACCACUG